UUAUCUUCUGACGGAACGAAACACGGAAUCAAAUGAAGUCUGAGCUGUAUGUAUCGUGUGUAGUUUAACCCAAAAGCAGGGUUGAGUGUGAACUGCAAUCAUGGCGAACUCCCUGGAGCGCGCGCACCUAUGAUUACACUGGAAAACGAGGUUUUGAGCGAGUUCAGAAUUCAGAGAAUCUAUUCAAUGAAGGAAGGCAAUGAAUUGAGGUUCGUCAUAAGUUUCAUCUGCCGAAAUUAAGGGCGUUUUGAAAUAAUUUUGAACCCCCGGUGGGAAUCUGAUUCUCUCUCCCCCAAUCUCACCCGCACUCUCGUUCCCCAAAUUUCCACACAACGGUGGAGGGCUCUGCGAAUCUCAGAUAUCAAUUGAAGGAAUCUGCGUUAGUUAGUUUCAGUUACAGUGAACAAUUCUGUGUUGGCCGCAAAAACAGGGAAGAUAACAUCUGUGAUUUAAUUAUACGAAAAGAGCUCUGCUUUGCUUUUCUUUUUGGGUGAAAAUGGAUCAUGGAAUUUCCUGUAAGAAACUGUGAUCACACACUCUUGAUCACAGAAGCUCUUGGAGGAUCUGCCAUGGAGGAUGGACACUCUGGUAUCAGAAGAUGGGAGGACAUGGACAUUGACAUUAUGGUCAAGAUUUUCGAGAGUAUGAAUAUCAUCGAGCUGACAUCCGGUGUCGGCCAUGUUUGCCGCACCUGGAGAAUGGCGGCCUGCGACUCGUUGCUCUGGAAAACGCUCGAUUUGUCUCUUAUAAGAUCAAACUUCAUCAAAAUUCCAUUGGAGCCCUACGUAUAUGUCAGUGCUCGAUCCGAUAAGUUAUUCAAUCAAAUUUUGAAGACUGCUUUGAGCCUUAGCCAAGGAAACGUAUCCACCUUGAUUUUUCAUUACAACAUGUACGUGAACGAUGAACAAUUGGCUUACACUGCGGACAGGUCCCUGCAACUGAAGCGCUUAGUAAUGCCAGCUUGGAAUCGAAUAAAGAAAGCCACAAUAUGUCAGGCUAUUCGGAAAUGGCAAUAUCUUGAGUCGUUAACAAUGCCGACGAUAUUAAACCCGCGGUAUCUGAUCGGAGCGAUCAGUCGACACUGCAAGAACUUUUCUGAACUUAAGGUCAUGGGACCGUUCGAUGUUGUCUUUGCAUCGACUUUAGCCGCGUAUCUCCCCAACUUAAAAGUUCUAAGCCUCCGAUGCACCUUGUUGUUUAAGGAUGCACUAAUGGUGCUCUUGAAUGACAUGAAAUCGCUCGAAGUGCUCAAUAUAUCGCAUUGCAUCGUAGUCGAACCUCCUUCGGGUCAAACCCAUCGAAGAGUUGCGGUGGAACUUGACAGCUCGAUUUUCGAAAGGGCUUGCAGGCUCAAGCAGUUCUUGACAUGUACGAGCGACGAGUGUGUCAUGUGCGAACGGACAAGGAACGAUGAAGGGAUGAUUCGAUGGUACAAGUACGAGGAAGAUCUUUGGAAAUUCGAUGAAGUGAGUUCUCUUGCAAUUUAGCUCGCCGGCGAGGACGCGGGAUUCGGAAUGUACCGUUCCGAGGUUCGUCGUUUCUCUUCAUUUUAUUUCAUUAUGGCAAUUUGCUGCAAGACUUCAUUUUCAGCCUAGCUUUGGUGCAUCUGCAUUUUAUUCCUAUUUUGUGUUACGUUUUCAGUAUAUAUACAUACACAUAUCUAUAUAUAAACAGAAGAACAAGAAUAGGUUGUUGUUGGUAUAA